UCUUGAAAAUUUAAACUUUUUAUUCCAAUUUUUAUGAUAAAAAGAUAUGAUGAAAAGCAGGAUUAACCUCGGCUUUUCAAUUUCUCCAUACAGAUAAACCUCCUCUGCAUGUAUAUAUACAUACAUACAGAAUCUGUAUCUACACACCAUUCCUCUGUUUCAGAUACAGAGCCAUUUAAACAACUAAACGGCUAGAAUUCGAAAACCCAGAGUUAUUAUGGAAGAAUUCACUGUUUUUUCCGUUUAAUUCAUGGGUUUCUAUCUGGGUUUCUGCUAAUUUAAACAGAGGAUUAAACCCCUGAAUUUGGGGGUUUUUGAAUCUUGAAUUUUUUAUGUUGAUUUAAGCUGUGAUUGUUCUUCGAUUGGUGAAUUUAGUGUUCGUGAUGGCUGAUGUUUAUUCUACUUACAAGAAGCGAGAUGAUAUCUGUGACGAUGUUUGUGGUCAGGAAGUAAGCAGGAUGUCAAGAAUCAGAUGCAUGAUUCAAAGUCUUGAUUUUAGAACAAUUAUAAUAUUAUUUGUGAUUAUUCCAACUGUGUUCAUGAGUAUAUACUGUCAUGGACAGAAAGUCACAUACUUUUUAAGACCCAUAUGGCAAUCACCCCCUAAACCAUUCAUUCCAAUCCCUCAUUACUAUAACGAAAACGUGUCGAUGUCGACUCUCUGCAAGCUCCACGGCUGGACCGUACGCGAAUACCCUCGACGAGUGUUUGACGCAGUCUUAUUCAACAACGAAAUCGACAUGCUGACAAUCCGAUGGCAAGAACUCUACCCUUACAUAACCCAAUUCGUCCUCCUCGAAUCCAAUUCGACAUUCACAAGCAUACCAAAACCACAUUUCUUCGCGAUCAACCAACACCGGUUCGAGUUUGUAAAGCCUCGGUUAACCUACGCCACGAUCCCAGGCGGGUCGAGAAAGGGGAUAAACCCGUUUUACGAAGAGGCGUAUCAACGAGUGGCCCUUGAUCGCCUCUUACGUAUCGCAGGCAUCGAAGACGAUGACUUAUUAAUCAUGUCGGAUGUCGACGAGAUCCCCAGCGCGCACACGAUCAACCUCUUGCGAUCGUGUGACGGCCCACCGCAAAUAAUGCAUCUUCACUUGAAAAACUUCUUGUACUCAUUUGAGUUCAAUGUGGAACAUAAAAGCUGGAGGGCUUCAGUUCACAGAUAUGAAAAGGGUAAAACAAGAUAUGCUCAUUACAGACAAACUGAUUACUUGUUUGCUGAUUCAGGCUGGCAUUGUAGCUUCUGCUUCAGAAAGAUAAGUGACUUUGUGUUCAAAAUGAAAGCUUACAGUCACUCGGAUAGGAUCCGGUUCGCUCACCAUCUUGACCCGAAAAGGAUCCAGAAAGUGAUCUGCAAUGGGGAUGACUUGUAUGAUAUGCUGCCAGAGGAGUUUACAUUCAAGGAGAUUAUUGGCAACAUGGGGCCCAUUCCUCAUUCAUAUUCAGCAGUUAAUCUGCCAUCACAUUUGUUGAAUAAUGUUGAGGAGUUUAAGUAUCUUUUGCCCGGAAACUGUGUCCGGGAAGGUGGUUGAUAAUUGAUUGACUGCAGGUGGUUGGUGUGGGAAACUGAGGAUAUGGUGGUGACAUGGGCAAUGCAUGUUUUGAUUGUACUGUGCAAGUAGUUGAUGCAUGUUUUGAUGACAUGUAGGUAGGACAAUGGAUAGAUGUUGGUUAUGGUGUUUUUUUUGUCUGGUAUGCAGCCAAAUAUACCUUUGAUUUGGAAUAUGUUUUUUUGUCA